AUGACGACGAAUCGUGUCAAAUUGAAGCGCUUUUACAGCGAGCACAAUGAAGACAAUAUGGAUGCAUUAAAUGCCUCCACGGGGAAGGAAAAAAACGUGGAAGGGAAAAAAGCACUUCACAAAAAGGACGCGAAAAAUUUCAGGAAAAAUAAAUUACUUGUCUUGUCCAAAGGAUUGAACAUAAAAGACGUAAAUAAAUUGAACGAGCAUUCCCAGGCGGGGGAGGUGGCAGUAAGACGGAGGAGUCGCCUGAAAAAGGAAGUAAUCACUGACAGUAGCUACGAGGAGGAACACGGAAUAGACCAAGCAUGUAACAUAAGCGAUGCAAGCUGCGCACAAGAACAAAAUGAAGAUUCUGAUCGGUUUGCCUCUUACACAAAGACGAAAUUGUCCUCCUUGUCCACAGUUGGGGACAAUACACUUAAUGUACACCCCUCGAUAAUUGGUACGAGGGGGAAAUAUGAACGGAGUAAAGUAAUCGAUAGCUCGGAUGAGAGUAAACACAGCUGCGAGUUCAGCACCUCGGAUGAUGGAGGGUCGGGUGCAAAGGGGGAGAAGAUGUCACAGAGGGGCAUAGGAACUUCCAGCAGCCGCAGGGGUGGCAAUGAGCUGGAUGAGAGUGGUCUCAAGGAGAGGAAGCAGAAAGGGAGGGUGUUCAGCAUAUGCUCACAAAGGGGGAUGCAGGACGCUGACGACGAGGAUGAAAUUGACGAAGAACAAGACGAAGACGAGGAUUUUCACAGUGCACGGCGCCCCGCUGAGAAGUCGCGAAAGGGGGAAGCCCCAAACUGGGGAAGAAACAAAAGUAUAAAUAUCCUGCACAAGGAUGACAGCUCGGAGGAGGAUGAACGCGACGAGAGUUCUGGCUCAUCUAGUGAGGUAUAUGAUGAUAUACAGAACGACAGGAGCUACGACGAAGCGAAGAAUCAGCGAGACAGGAGGAAGCAAGCCCUGUCGGCACUCAACAUGAGAAACAAGAGCGCCGCUUCGAAGAAUGAAGAAAAUGCAAAUGAGGAAAACUCGUACGAUAAUUAUGACGACUCCAGUUUUUAUGUAGAUGACGAUGUGAACUCCGUGGCUGAGACGCACAUAUCGUAUGAAAGCGGCAAUGAAAAGCUCAACCACCUUGAUGAGUAUGCCUUACACUUAAAACUUUUUAAUGAGCAAAAUUUGGGUAAUGAUAUGAUUCAGUUCAAUUCCAUAAGUGUGAAGAAAUCGAUCAGACAGUACAUUGAAUUUACGGCUCUGUCUCUAUUAUCCCCUAGCUUAAAAUAUGACGCCAAUUAUUUCAAGGCGUCUGAGAAUGUGAAAAGCGUCGAGCAGUCCCUGAAGGUAAUGUACGCAAGUAUUCACAAACAAUUUGAGGAGAAGAAUUCCAUGGGGGAGUGCUACAAUUACUAUGAUGAGGAUGGUGCAGAAGGUGUGAGGAGAAAGAAGAAAAAAAGGAGAACAACAAAAAAAAAAAAUCUGAAAAGGUUAUCUCAACAGGUUAGUGAUAGUGGUAGCGAAGGCUGUGCGGAGGAAAAGAAGGGUAAUGAGGAGGGCGAUGUGAGGAAGCCCCUGGACAGCAGCAAGAAGGUUAAGCGGGAUAGCAAAAAAAAAAAAUAUGUCCUAAGUGACAGCAGCAGUUGUUCACCUGAUGGGAAGGGGCUCAGUGACGCGAAUGCAGAGAAGUGUGUGCAUGGGGAGGAAGAGGACUGCUAUGAAGUAUACGACGAAGAGGAGGAACAAGACAGUGGCGAGGAGGAAGACGACGAUGAUGAUGAUGAAGAGGAUGACGAAGAGCACGAUGAGGCAUGCGAGGACGAGUGCGAAGACUAUUACGACGACUACGACUUCGAAUACGGGCGGAAAGCGAAGAAGAAGGUGGCGGAGCAAAUGAGCGACAGUGUCAUGUACAAGCUGCUCAACAGAGACAUGCUGAAAAUAUACGAGUUUGUAAAGAAGGAGGAGAACUUUAGCAAUUACGAUUUUUUGAAGAUGAUUUGCAAAAUCAGUAAAAACAAACCGAGUAAUUAUUAUGAUCGUUGUGUGCAAAAGAUCGAGAAGAAAAUUCUGUCCAAAAGAGACCAGUUUGAAUCUCAUCCAUUUGAAACAAAUUUUAAAAAUAUUUUAAAAAAUUACGCAAAUAUGUUUACACAUUAUUUGGACUACAACAAAAUUCACUGCUGCUGUUGCAACAGAAAAUUAAGUUACGCAUGUCCUGUUUUUUUCAUUAAACCCUUUUACAAUUCCUCCGACUUAUGGGAAAAUAGCUUUUUUAAUUUUAUGAAGGUAAAUCAUUUUGAAUGGCUCGGAAAUGAACAUUUCCUGACUUUUAAAAAUCCGUUAGACAAAUUAAGUAUGAGAAAUGAAGAUGAAUUCAAAAUGAAAAAUAUUAAACAGUCGAACAAGCUAUUUAUAAAAAAUCAAAAUGAAAAGGAAAAAAAAAAAAAUGCACACAUGCACGUUAAUAUAAAUCAUGUGGAUAAUUAUCGCGUUGGGAAUAACGACGAAUGCGUCGUGAACUACUUGAAGCAGAGUAAACAAGUGAAUCUCUUUAAAUAUGAUGCAAAUUUUGAUGAAAAACGAUUGAAGAAAAAAAGGAAAGCCUUUAAAUUUAAUUUUGAGUAUCAAUUUAAGGUUACUGAGUGUAAGGACAAUAAUUUGAAUAUCCUCAUGAAAGAUAUUUGCGACAAUUUUUGUGACCUUUCCGAGAAUUAUAUGGAGAAGGACAUUCUGGUUUUGCAGCUUGGGUCGUAUUGUGUUUCGGCUGUGUACUAUUGGCAUGUGUUUCAUCACUACAAAUUUUUUUUCACCAAAUAUAUUUACUUGCGUCUACUCGAUUUGUACAAGAAGAGCAAGGAUUUGUUUCGCGAGCCGCUGCUCCUCGCUUACGUGUUGUCCAAGCGGCUGAACAAGGACCUGUACCGCGACUUUGUGAUUCUCAUGAACAUUGACAUUUCGCAGAUUCAGAACAAGCUCCCUGAGUCCGACUUGCUCGUUCGCUGA